GGAGGGCGGCUCGGCAUCCAGUCUGGUGACACCCAUAAUAUCCCUGGGAGGCAUCCCAUGCUCUGUGUGAUCGCUCUGCUAUCUGUGUCACUCGGCUCGGUGUCACCGGAGCCACCAUGAGAGCGUAGCCCCCCCCGCCGCCGCCGCCGGACCCCCACCGUCCCAGGAUGAAGAAAAUCUUCUCGUGUUCCUCCUCGCAGUUUCCUGUGGACAAGUGGAACAGACAUGACCAGAAGCUGGUGGAAGCGGUGGAGAAAGGGGAUGCGAAGAAGGUCUCCUCUAUCCUAUCCAAGAGGCCGAUCAGGGCCACCAAGAAUGGCCCAGGCGGCCAAUCAGCUUUCCAUGUCGCGGCCGCCAAGGGUUUCACCGAGUGCAUGAACGUCAUCCUAUCCCACAAAGUAGAGAUCAACGCCAAAACGGACGAUGGCUGCACCGCGCUACACCUGGCCGCAAGCAACUGUCACCCGGAAUGUGUGAGGCUGCUCUUACAGAACAGUGCUCAUGAAGACUCCAUCGACUUCCACAGUCGGACGCCAUUACAUUGCGCCGCCACCUCCGGCUGUGUCUCCAGCAUUCUGCUCCUGUGUGACUCGGAGGACACCAUCCUGGAUGCCGCCGAUGAUGAUGGACGGACGCCACUUAUGAUCGCCGCCCAGCGCAACCAUCCUACUGUCUGCUCGCUGCUGCUCGACCGCGAAGCUCAGGUGGACCUGUGGGACCGCGACAAGAAGACGGCGCUUAUUCUGGCCUGCGAGAAAGGAAAUAUCCAGGCGGCGGAGACCCUCAUCACCAAGGGAGCGGACCCCCAACUAAAGGACAACAAAUUCUGCGACGCGCUCUCCUACGCUAGCGUGGCGCGGGAUGAGGCGCUCAAGAAACUGAUCCAGUCUGCCCUGGACAGGAGGAAAAAUGCACAACUGUCGCGGAUUCAAGAUGACCAAACUGCACCCAGGGCCGCUUCCCCAAACUCAAAACACGAGCAAGAACUGGUCAACAUAUGGAAGAAAAGAUUUCACGAAGAGCAAAAGCGAGGUGUGUGGAUACAAGGAGAACUGAUGAUGAAGACCCAAGAAAUCGAGAGGAUAACAGAGGAACAGAGGAUAGAAAACAACAGAAUUCGAGAACUAGCUGAGAGUUUGGAGGGUCUUUUGGACAGACAACCCGAGAACCUUGGCGCCAUGGCUGGAGUUCCCACCUCGGACACCUGUGGUCUGUUGACUGGAGUUCUGGAACGAGUUAGGACUUUGAAAGAUCAGAUAAACGAGAAGCAUCUUCUAGACCAGAGGGUCAAAAUCCUCACUUCCAAAGCUGCGGAGGCCGAAAAGACGAAAUACCAACACCAAGAGGAAACCAGGCUUCUCCAAAGUGAAGUUGCUUCAGCCAAGGAGAAGGAAGAGGGUGCAAGAAAGAAAGUGAUGGAGCUGGAAGGCCACUUGGAGAACAUGAGGGAGGCUUUGUCACAAUUUGAGAAGCGCAAGCGAAUACAAAGUACGGUAGUAGAAGAUCUGCAGGAACAGAUCUCAGAGGUGACCAAAGAAAAAGAAGAGCUUCUGGUGCUGUUAAAAAAAUUGCCAAGGCAAGAGGAAAAUGGCGGCAGUGGUCAGACAAAAAGAUCUGCCAAUGGCCAGGCAUUGACCGAAAUGUCCACGUUGAAUGAGUUCCUUAUGAAGCUGAAAAGCAACUGCGUUAACGUUGAAGUAAUGCAAAACAAUCAAGUAUCAAAGAGGUGCUCGGGAUACGUGCCAAAGGACAUUCUGGAAAAAAGCGCUGAAGACUGGAAAACCACUGUGGCAUCCAUAGAGAAUUAUAUAGCAACAACCGGGAGAUUACAACAGAAUGUAAAGAUAGACUCUGAUCUUGUAAAUGGUACUACGAAUCAGAAAACCAAGGGGAAUGGGUCAAUCAACGCUUUAGAACACUACCGUCCAGUAGAAACCAACGUGCCUUGUUUACAAGAAGACUUGACCUACUAUCCAAAAAAUAGUAUAGUCCAACUCAACAGAGGACCAUCCCUUUACGAUACCCAAAGCAGUGACCACGCAAGGAGUAUAGACUCAUUAAAACAAACUAUUAGAGGCUUAGAAGCAGAAUUGUCCUCUCUUAAGGCCACCAACGCCGACUUUCUCUCCAAAAUGAACCAAGUCAUUCAGGAAAAGCAAAACCUCGAAGAAGGACUCCUCGCCCUACAGGAGAGCAUGCAGUCCGAGUUCGUCAUGAGGCAAGAAACCGAACUUCGGUGUAAGGAUUACAAGCACCAAAUCGGGGUCGUAUCCGACGAACUCCAGGCAGAGCAAGACAAAGUCAAAAAGCUUAACGCGCGACUGGAGGCUCAGCAAAGCGAAAUGGCCAUGCUGAGAGACAGCUUUCCUCUGGAGGUCCUUCAGGUGGAGAACAACAGAAGUGUCCAGAUGUUCAGCUCCGACAUCUUGGAAGAGCUCUACUGGAACGUUGGGACCCUGGUCAGGAAAUACAACGAGGCUUUGCAGCGGGUGGCCACAUUACAGAAGGAGAACCUCAAGCUUAUGGACGACCAAGUUCAGACCAUAUCCAUGACGGAGCACAAAAACAUUCUCAAUGAAAUGAAGAACGACUUGCACACCAAGGUCAAGGAGAUUGAAGACGUAAAACAGAGGCUGUCCCAAGCCAUGGGCAGCGUGGUGGAGCUCAAAAAUCAACUUGAACUCCAAACCUCCAACUCCGUCCCAAAAGUGGAAGUGGAAAGCCGCAUGGAGGACCUGGAAAAUGUAGUGAUGGCUUUGAAGGAGGAGAACGAGGCCUGCAAGGUAGCACUGGAGGGAAAAUGCGAGGAGGUCAUCGUCCUAAAACAACAGCUGGAACAGGAGGCUGAAGAAAGUCAAACUUUACGGCAAAAGGAAGUCAACGCGCUGCAGGAGUUUCAACGAGCCCGGGACCAUCUGGAGGCCCAACUUCGAGCGUUGCGAGAGGAAGUCCAGGUCCUAAACAAGGAAUAUACCAAAACCACAGAGGAGGCCAACCGGUGUAAAGACCAGCUGGCAUCUGAACAGGAAAGGGGGGUGGCCCUUCAGGGGAAAGUUAGGGAACUGGAGAGAGAGGCUGAAAAUCUGAAGAUGAAGGUCCAGAAGUAUGAGGAAGAAAAGUGCCAAGUCAGUCAAAAGUACGACCUACUGUCUAGGGUGUCCCAGGAAAAACUACAGAAGAUGGAGGAGUCCGCUAAGGAGUCCAAGUCCUUGUCGAAGGAGAUCGAGCAGCUGCAGAGACGCUGCACCGAACUGGUGGGCCAGAUGGAGGACACCAACAAACGUCAUCAGGAGACUAUCGCCACCUACAGGACUCACCUGCUCAACGCAGCUCAGGGCUACAUGGAUGAAGACGUCCAUCUCACGUUACAUUGGAUCCUGAAGAUGCAGAACGACGUCGUUUACUGAUCAGGAGACGUCUCUUCAGGAUCUGCACUACAAGAAGGCCAAAAAAUAUAUCCAAAAAAACACCUUCCUGCCUCAUACAGACUCCAUGCGGCCAGCGGGCGCCGCACCCCUCCCCCGCGGGGAUGCCAAGCUGGUCUCUGAAUGGACAAGGACUUAAAGAUUCAGAGACGCCAUUUUUUUUCUCCGUAAAACGCCAAAUCCACCGAAUAUUAGGCGGGAUCUCCUGUAAAAGAAGUCCUUUUUUUGCUGGUCAGAUUGACUUUUGUAAAAAGACCCUGUCACCGACGUAAGGUCAUCUGAUCUUCGCCUCUCCAGAACUUCCACCCUCCUGUCGGAAAUGCCAUCUAAUACCCAACAUCAGGUGGUGGGGGGGGGGGUUCUGAGCUUAGAAGGAACAAGGGCGUAAUUCCCCUCCCCCCCACGUUACAGCGAUCGAGUCCGGCACGGGAGAGACGGUCACAUGCUCAUCCGUGCCCAAAAGCGUUCAAUAUUGGUUGGCGGAGGAAGGAGCAGUGAUAAAACAUCAAACGAUAAGUUGGUUGGAAGGUGACAGGGUCUCUUAAAAAAAAAGACCCAACAUCAGUGCAUCACACAGCUGACACUCUAAAAGACAAAGGAGAGAGUCGUAAUUCUCAGAGGUCAAAUCAACAUUCCACUAAUGGGAAGAUUCUGCAGCAGGAAACCUUAAAAAAAAGGCAUCACCGGGUCUCUGUGCUUCUCUAUGCAAUGCAGGCAGAUCGUGGCUGGUGGGAGGGGCUGUGAAUUGCUUCCUGAACGCAGCUCUAGGUAACGCCCACGUGCGAUGAUGAGCCUCAAAUGGUUG